GUUGAUUUCAUUAUUCAUUAUUUCAGAAUGCUGAAAAUUGUUUAGUGUUUGUAUAUGGGACACUGAAAGUGGAUGAACCAAAUUAUGACCAAAUGAUUGAUCCUUCCUUAGGAAGAGCCACUUAUGUGAGUAAAGGAAGAACACUGCAAAAAUGGCCCCUCGUCAUAGCCUCUAGGUUCAACAUCCCUUUUCUUUUGUACAGAGAAGGUGUUGGAAAAAAUAUCGUGGGAGAAAUAUUUUUGGUGGAUCAGAAGAUGCUUUCCCAUAUGGAUGCAUUCGAAUGCCACCCCACCUACUACACGCGGAUCGAAGUGGAAGUAGAAGUGCUGGAGAAAGAAAAUGAUUCGAAAUUCAAUCUCCCAACGAUUGUGAAGCCCUGGGUCUACUUUCUCAUGAGAUUUCGUCCCGACCUUCUGACGCUGAAUUACUUGGAAGAUUAUCAUUCACGGGGCUCACAUGGCUUGGAAUACAUAAGCAGGUAUAAGAGACCUCCUGCCCAAGACUAUUAUGAUGAUGUUAAAAUUGAGGAUACAACAGAUCCGGAAGACAUCUAUAAAUAAUUACGGAUGUUAUGGAAUCACACAUAAUUCUGCGUCACUCCGAUAAAAUAGAAUCAUAAAUAAUUGUUUUGAUUACAAAUUUGUAUGCCUUUGUGAAUAAAAUAUUUAAUUUUGACAAA